AGGAGUAGGAGCAGGAGCAGGAGGAGCAGCAGGAACAGCAGGAGCAGCAGGAGGAGCAGCAGCAGGAGUGGUCUCGUGGGCCCCGUGGGUUCCGUCUGAGUUGGGGCGACAUCGACCUCGGCGAGCCACACGGGAGGCGAUGGCGGCGGCGGCGGGUUCGGCGGGCGAUGGAUUGGGGUGGGCCACGUGGUGGGGGCUCAGCCCGGCGCUGGACUUCCAGAUGCAAGGCCACAGCAGCAGCAUGGAGGGCCGCCGGAGCGGCGGACCUGACGGUCUGCCCGAGCUGCACGUGCUGGUGGCCGGGGCCUCGGACGGGCGUCAUCUCCUCAAGACCGUGGCGCAGGCCCGCCGGUGGCCCCGAGCACGGCUCCACUUCUACGUCUUGGAGAGCGUCCUGGAGCUCUACGGGAGGCAACUGCUGCUCCUCACCCUUGCCCUGGAGGCUCCUCAACGCAUGGGCCUGCAGGAGAAGAGCGAGCUGUUUGUGGAGCUGUUCGGGAACAGCCUGCUGCGUUCGCACACCGCCACCUACCUACGCCAGCAGGCGCAGCUGCUCGUGGAGGUGGUCACCGACAUGGAGCUGGCUGCCCGCCGGCUGCCCUGGCUCGACUUGUCGGCCCUGAAGUUCAAGGAGCGAGACCGCCUGGAGGGCAUCUUCGCCUUCUGGCGGCGGGGCGAGGCGAGCGCCUUCCGGCCGGAGCGCCUGUGGGACGCGCGCAACCGGCGGUACCUGGGCGCGCGCUACGACACGCGGCACGGAGCGUACGACUGGGACCUCGCCAUGAAGCUACACGAGCGCGGAGCGGGGGUCAUAAACAGCCGGGAGUACUCGCGGUGGAGGGAGCGUGGAGUGGCGUUCGAGGCCAGGGAGGGCGUCUACGACGUGGCCAACAUGACGCUGGCGUCCGACCUCGUCGUCAGCCAGCGUGGGGAGAAGGUGGUGGCGCGGGGCUACUGGGGGGACAUCGUGACGGGGCCCUUCGUGGCGUUUGGAGUGGACACGGAGGAACCCCGACUGCUCAAGACGGCCAACGGGGUCCACACUCACACCUCUCAGGACGUGUCGCUGCACAACCUGACGGCCGCCUUCCACGAGCUGUCCACGGGGCACCGCUACGUCACGCCCGAGCCGGCAGCCGCCCCCACGGAGGCCGCGGAGGAGCAGCAGGAGGAGGAGGUGGAGGAGGGCGGCGGCGAUGGUGACAAGAAAACGGAGGAAGCAAAGGAGGAUGAGGUGGCGGAGGUGUCAACAGAGGAGGUGGCGGAUCUGACAAAGGAUGAGGGGGUGGAUGACUCGAAGGAGAAAAACGAGGCGGUGAAGGAAGGGGUGGACAAAGAGAGGUACGAUGAGGUUGUGGACGAGGUGGUGGUUGGUGGAACACCUGAGGAUGGGAGUCGACAGGAUCCAGACGCCGACUACAUCAGCAUCGGGGACGUUCGGGUUAGCCUCCUGCCCUUGAACGCGCUGCAGACCCUGCACCAAAAGGCAAAGUUCCGGAAGCUCUUCAACGUCAUCUACUUUGCGAACAGCAUGGUCCACCAGCUGACGCCCUACCUGCAGGAGGUGGCAGCUGACAAGGCCACCCUCAUUGUGGAGACUGUCAAGUUCGUGCUGGACAUCAAUGCGAAGGCCGCGACCGGUUACGUGGAGCGAGUGACGGAGUUGGCCGGGGCGGCCGGCUUCGCUCCGCUUGGCACGUGCGACGGCAUCCAGGACGCGACCGCCCGCUUCCUGCUACACCCGCAGCAGCAGCAGCAGCAGCAAGCGCAGGAGCAGCCACAGCAGCAGGACCAGCAGCAGGCGCAUCAGCAGCAGGAACAGCAAAAACAGGAACAGCAAGAGCAGCAAAAACAUCAGCAGCAUCAACAUGACCCUGACACUGACCCCGAGAGUGACCCUGACACUGACCCCGAGAGUGACCCUGACACUGACCCCGAGAGUGACCCUGACACUGACCCCGAGAGUGACCCUGACACUGACCCCGAGAGUGACCCUGACACUGACCCCGAGAGUGACCCUGACGCUGACCCCGAGAGUGACCCUGAUGCUGACCCCGAGAGUGACCCUGACACUGACCCCGAGAGUGACCCUGACGCUGACCCCGAGAGUGACCCUGACGCUGACCCCGAGAGUGACCCUGACACUGCCCCCGCCCCCGAGAGUGACCCUGACACUGACCCCGAGAGUGACCCUGACACUGACCCCUAG